AUGAGUGAUAUAGAGUAUGAUCGUGACUCGGAAAGGGAGGAGCCAAAGCCGUACUAUCAGUUUGGUAACCCCAACCCCAACCCCAGCAAUCACCAUGGACCAGCAGACCACCAACCGCCUCCAGAGAGAAGACCGGAUAUAAUCGGGUUAGACUUGCCCCAGCCACUAUCAACAAAACGUCAUAACAAGACAAAUAAGAAUCCGAAUGGGAAUGAUGAUGAUGGCGAUCAAGAAAACGAGGACAUGGACAAAGACCAAGGCAAGGACGAUGAAGAAGCGGAUGUCGUUUACGAGGUCACGGAAAAGCCCCAGUUCCACACCACCAGAGCCUUGUUCAUCGGUAACUUGCGCAGGCCAAUCAACGCGGGAGAUUUCCAGAGAUACUUGAGAGGGAUUGCUGCCGAGGCCGACAUCACGUUCAAAAUCGACAGGGCCUGGUUGAACAGGCUUAGAACCCACGCCGUGGUGCUAGUGAGCACUGAAGAAGGCGCAGAAUACCUCAGACGGGAAAUCAUGGGCAAGAUAUACCCUGGCGAAGCCGAGGACUUGCGAUUGAAGGAAGAGUUUGAGAAUAGCGAAAUUGCCAGAUUUGAAAACGAAAAACGUCACUACGAAGAAGCGGUGGACGAUGAGGAACGAGAGAAAUUGCCAGCUCCCGUUGAGCCUCGAGACUUUGUCACCGAGAGAUUGCCUUUGUACGUCGAGUUUAUCCCCGUCAAGGCUAUCAACCAAUGGACUUUUGAAGAAGAUAAAGGUCCCAAAAACGGGAAAUGGAAGUUGGAGUUUGUCAAAAGAGACGACGACGACGUUGUGGUGUCUCACACCUUGUUGAAUGGAGAUUUCAUUCCUAGAUACCAUCCACGUCAAUCGCAUAGAAGCGGUGGUGGUGGUGGGGGCACUGGUUAUGGUUAUGGGUCAAGAAGAGACUAUGAUCGUGGUUACCACAGAGGUGGCGGCCACGAUAGGUACUACCCGGGACGCAAUGGACAUGGACAUGGCUACGGCCACGGCCACGGCCAUCAAGCUCCCUAUUCUAGAGGUCCAGUAAGCAGUACGGACUCCUACAUCCCCGGUCGACCACCGCGUUCAACCGAGCCAAGAACUACUGACUCUUAUGUUCCUUCAAGAAGUAGAGACCGGUCCAGAUCUCGUUCUCGUUCCAGAUCACCUAGAAGGUCAGAUAGAUACUGA